AUGGAUUUCAAAGAAAUAGAUAAAAAUAAUUCCGCCAAUGAUAUGAACAGACGAGUACAACGGCCACUAUCAAAGAACCGUUUUUUUCAUACUAGAGGACAUCUUGCGUCGAUUGAUGAUAUUCCAAUGGCUUGUGCAGUGCCCUCAUAUCCUCAUCUAAUUUAUCAUCGAAAAAAAAGCUCAUCAGUUGCCCUUACUAAUUCGGUGUUGCAUUCGAUCGAAGAUAAUAUCAAUAGACAUAUUGUUCGCGUCCGUCUCAUCUUCAUUCGUAUCGGUGAAAUCGAUACACUCAAUGAGAAAUAUCAAGCAGAUGUCUAUUUUGAAGCGCGAUGGAUAGAUUGUAUUGAUAUAGAUACACUUGAUCUAACUGCUCAGCAACGUACACAAUUAAUAAAUGAGUCGGCAACUAUUCGUUUAAAUGAGUUUUCUCCGAUUAUCCACUGGACACCAGAAUUAUCGAUUGAAAAUGCUAUUGCACAUAUUGGUGAACCAGAAAAAUGGUUUACAAUAACGAAACUUGCAACAAAAGCAGAUGAAAUAAUUCCGACACCUCUGGUCAAGUUAGAGAUUUGUGAACAUCGUCGAGUGCGAGGCGCAUUCUGGGAGAAACUCGAAUUGAAUCACUUUCCAGUUGAUGUACAAGAUCUUACAGUUUCAAUCACUAGUGAUCACCAUUUGGACACUGUUAUGCUUGUUCAAGACGAAGAUCGCUUUUCGACUAUCAAUCGUGAAGCAUUUUUCGAUCAACAAGAAUGGUCACUGUAUGAACAUGUGGCCACAGAAAUGCGUGACACCAACGAAGAAUAUUCAUUCGAACAUGAAACAGGUAUUGAACCCAAAACACAUCCAGUUCUUGCCUUUACUUGUCGCGCAGCUCGUCAACCUGGUUACUACUAUUGGAAUGGAUUUUGCCUCAUUUUUCUUAUUACUAUUUGCAGUUUUUGUAUUUUUGCCAUUCCUCCAAAGUCAGAUAUUGUCUCUUUUGUAUUUUCUAAAUUCUAUUAA